AUGGACAUAAGGCUGCCCCUCGAAGAUGGCAAUCGAGCCCCCUCCCCCCUUGCGAAGCGGCAAAAGACGUCUCAUUUCCCUAUGAGAAAUGUCCUGUCCCACGACCGUUAUACUAUUGCAUGGAUUUGCGCGCUUCCCAUCGAGAUGGCUGCGGCUCGGGCCAUGCUAGAUGAGACUCACGGCGACCUGCCACGAUCCGGCAAUGAUACCAACUCCUACUGUCUUGGAAGCAUCAAGAACCACAACGUCGUUAUCGCAUGUCUGCACCAGUAUGGUACUGUCAACGCUGCAGAUGUUGUGACAAACUUGACUCGCACCUUCUCAUCCGUUCGCCGAGGGAUGAUGGUCGGGAUUGGAGGGGGAGCGCCCAGUCAGGCAGAUGUCCGCUUGGGUGAUGUCGUCGUUGGGACAUACACUAUUCAAUAUGAGUCUGGAAAAGUGCUUUCGGGUGGUGCGGUGCAAAGAACUGCAUUCCCCAAGUUUCCCGAACUCUCCCUCCGCAAAGCUGUUUCGAGCUUGCGAGCUGGACACGAACUACACCCCAGCCGGAUUCCGCUUAUUUUGCAGGAGAAGAUGAAAGCCCAUGUGCAAUUCGGCCUCCCGAAGACGCCCGAUCGUUUGUUUCAGACGGCAUACAACCAUGAGCCAGCAGCUGCGAGUUGUGACGACUGUGACAAGUCGCAGCUGAAGGAGCGGAGAACACGUGUAUCUCUUGAUCCAGUAAUACACUAUGGUGUCAUCGCAUCGGGGGACAAGGUUAUGAAGGAUGGCACGACUCGCGAUGCAAUUUCAAAAGAGCUGAAUGCCAUCUGUUUCGAGAUGGAGGCGGCGGGGCUCAUGGAUAUUCUCCCUUGUCUGUCCAUUCGAGGGAUCUGCGACUACUCCGACUCUCACAAGGCUAAGGAAUGGCAAGGAUACGCAGCUGCUACGGCCGCAGCAUAUGCAAGAGAGUUUUUGGAGGUCUUGGCUGCGGACAGUGAAGCAAAAGAGCCAUCUAUUGCUUCUACUUGUGGUAGGUUCAGUUGGUCGACCCCAGGAAAGACAUCAGCUUAUGAGAUGACACAAGAACAACCUAUUUCGACCGAUCGUCGCAAAGAGCUGCUGGAAUCACUCAAUUUCCAACAGAUUGAUACCCGCAAGGCCACUCUUAAAAAUGCCCACAAAAAAACCUGCCGGUGGUUUCUCGACCAUCCGGAGUAUCACGACUGGCUCGAUCAUGAGAAGAUAUUACACCAUCAUGGAUUUCUAUGGAUUAGGGGCAAACCAGGAGCAGGAAAAUCCAUCAUGAUGAAGUUUCUUUAUUUGCAUAUGAGGAAGAAAGAUCGCCGCGGACGAGUCCUUACUGCAUCCUUUUUUUUUGUUGCUCGAGGAGAUCUGUUGGAGAGAUCAGUUUCCGGCAUGUAUCGGUCCUUACUAUUACAGCUCCUGGAGGGAUUCCCUGACCUCCAAAGGCUUUUAGACGGCCCGGAGCUGAUUCCCCGAAAUGAGAUGGGAUGUCCUCCUUUGAAUGUUCUCAAGGAUCUAUUCCGUACCGCAGUGUCUUCUGUUGCAGAUCGAUCUUUUACUUGCUUUAUCGAUGCACUAGAUGAGUGUGACGAGCAGCAGGUCAUGGAUAUGGUCGAAUUCUUUGACGAACUGGCCGAACACUGCACAGAAAAUGGGGUCAGGUUCCAAGUUUGUUUCUCAAGUCGGCACUACCCUUAUAUCGAUAUCAGAUCGGGAAUUCGCAUGACAUUGGAGAACCAAGAAGGCCACGCUAAGGACCUAGAAGCAUACAUAAAAAGUCAAUUACGGAUUAAGAACCCAUCCCUUGUGGAAGAACUCAUACCAAUGUUACUCGAGAAAGCAGCCGGUGUUUUUCUUUGGGUUGCUCUUGUGGUGGAUAUUCUGAACGAAGAGAAUAAUCGUGGACGCUUGGCACUGCGGAAAAGGCUCUCAGAAGUGCCGAGCGGACUCAGCGAACUUUUUAAAGACAUGUUAACAAGAAACCAAAGGGACAUGGAGGAGCUACUUCUCUCUAUCCUCUGGAUUCUGUUCGCGCAGCGCCCACUGAGACCUACAGAGUAUUAUCACGCUCUGUGGUCCGGCUUAUCGCCAAAGGGACUAGUAGAUCCUGAAAUGCCGACCAUCGAAACGUCAGAUGCCGAUGACUGCUGUAAGCGGUGUGUUACAAGUUCUUCGAAGGGCCUAGCUGAAAUCACAAAGGCAAAGCAGCCUACCGUACAGUUCAUACACGAAUCUGUGCGGGAUUUCUUACUAAAGGAUAAAGGUCUCAACGACUUGUGGCCAGACCUAGGAUCAGACUUUGAGAGCCAAGGCCACGACAGGCUCAAGUCAUGCUGCCAUGCGUACUUUUAUCAUCAAACUCUCCGGGAGUAUAUCGAUAGUCAAGGCUCCGCUGAAUCGCCAAUCAUGCCGCAAAAUAUACUAAAGCGGUAUCCCUUGCUGGAGUACGCCUCCCAGUCCGUUCUCUUCCAUGCCAAUGCUGCGGCGGAUGCGGUUUCUCAAGAACGAUUCCUCAAUCAUUUUCCCGUUUCAGACUGGAAAUACACAUUUAAUAUCUUUGAGAAACACAAGGUCCGGAAAUAUGAUGAAGGGGUAGAUAUUCUAUAUAUCCUUGCAGACAGAGAUCUUCCGGCACUCAUACAAACACGACUGAAAACGAAUGUGAGCAUUAAGAUUCAAGGAGGGAGGUUUAGAUCUCCACUUCUCGCUGCGAUGGUACAGGGAAGCAAAGACAGCGUUGCAGCUCUAUUAGGCUUGUCUUCAAGUUUCUGUGAUGGAAUCGAUAUUACAGAAGGCCUAAGGGCUGAUAUGGAUUCAGUACGGAAACACCACACACCUUUCACUUGGGCAUGUGGGAGGGGUUACCUUACCCUUGCUCGAUUCAUUUUCCGAAAGGGUGUUCAUAUGGAGAAUGAGAUUGAACAGAGCUCGAGGGGCCUGUUAGAAGCUUCAAAGAACGGUCAUUUGGAAGUAGUGAAGUGGCUGGUCGGUCCAAGUGUUGACUUAAAGACUGACAGCUUCGAAGCGGCGCUCUCGUCGGCUGCUAAGGGAGGGCAUACAGCUAUGGUACAGCUAUUGCUUGAGAAGGGAGCAGCUGUGGAUGUGAAGGAUAAAUAUGGCCAGACACCGCUUUCAAGUGCUGCUGGCAAUGGGAAUACAGAUGCUGCACGGCUACUGCUCGAGAAGGGAGCAGCUGUGGAUGUGAAGGAUGAAUUUGGCCGGACACCGCUUUCAAAGGCUGCUGGCAAUGGGAAUACAAAUGCUGCACGGCUACUGCUCGAGAAGGGAGCAGCUGUGGAUGUGAAGGAUACAGCUGGCUGGACACCACUUUGGUGGGCUGCUGGCAAUGGGAAUACAGAUGCUGCACAGCUACUACUUGAGAAAGGAGCAGCUGCGGAUAUAAAGGAUAAUGAGGGCCAGGCGCUACUUUCGAAGGUACGGCAAAGAAUUGAGGAGGAAGCAGCUUUAUAUAAGGAUAAACAGUUCAUGUACUGGAGAGCGCGUUUGGCUCGGCUCGAGGAUAUCAUGCAGCUACUCGUCGCAUACGGCACUACUGAUGAAAGUAGCACAUCAGAUGCCAAAUAA